CAAGUUUCUGCGGAUUCCUCCUCAGCAAGUUCUGAAUUCUGAUCCCAACAGUCAAUCCGUCCACCGUAAUCAUAUUUCAUUUCUCAACGACAUAGCUUUGACUCAGUUCGAUGAACAAUGGCGAAUGUGGUAGCAGCUUAUUGUUUGCUCCGGCGCUCUUCGAGGAAACUCUUUGAUGGGCGACAGAACCUUAAUUUCUUUGGUUCAAUUCGUUUCGUCAAUUCAGGUCUUACUUAUAACUUUACUCGAACUCGUGAGCUGUCCAGACAAGAUGUUUGCUAUAGCGAUCAAAUUGUUUCAAAGCAUAUUUGCUUCUUAAGAGCUUCUGGUAAUGGUGUUCUCACUUCCUUCCCUAGAGGUGAAGGCAGUGGUUUCCAAAUUCACUGCAGAUAUCUUGCUUCCAUGGCCUCAACACCAGUGAGAAACAAGUCUUUUUCUACGGUUAAUUCUGAUGAUAUAAUCUAUUUCAAGAAGAUAUUGGGCGAGAAGGGUGUGGUCGAGGAAGAGGAGAAGCUGGAUGAUGCAAACACGGAUUGGUUACGGAAGUACAAAGGCUCAAGUAAGCUUAUGUUACAACCAAGAAGUACCCAGGAGGUUUCACAGAUUCUUCAUUAUUGUAAUUCCCGAUGCCUGGCUGUUGUACCACAAGGUGGAAAUACAGGUCUUGUGGGAGGAAGUAUACCCGUGUUUGAUGAGGUAAUUAUCAAUCUUCGCUCCAUGAAUAACAUACUUUCCUUUGACAAGGUUAGUGGAAUACUGGUAUGUGAAGCAGGAUGCAUUCUCGAGAACUUGAUUUCUUUUCUAGAUAACGAAGGAUUCAUCAUGCCACUGGAUUUAGGUGCUAAAGGAAGCUGCCAAAUUGGGGGAAAUGUCUCAACUAAUGCUGGGGGCUUGCGCCUUAUCCGGUACGGUUCACUCCAUGGAAGUGUUCUUGGUCUGGAAGCUGUUUUGGCAAAUGGUACUGUGCUUGAUAUGCUUGGGACUUUACGUAAAGACAAUACAGGAUAUGACUUGAAGCAUUUGUUUAUAGGGAGUGAGGGAUCUUUGGGAAUUGUAACAAAGGUCUCUAUACUUACUCCUCCAAAGUUGUCAUCAGUAAAUCUGGCUUUCCUUGCUUGCAAAGAUUACACUAGCUGUCAGAAACUCUUGUCAGCAGCCAAGACAAAGCUUGGAGAAAUUCUUUCUGCAUUUGAGUUUUUGGAUAUCAAUGCUAUGGAUCUGGUUCUGAAACAUUUAGAUGGUCUUCGUGACCCAUUACCUUCCUCAAAACACAACUUCUAUAUUCUGAUUGAGACCACAGGCAGCACAGAAUCUCAUGACAAAGAGAAGCUUGAAGCAUUCCUUCUUCAAUCUAUAGAAAGUGGAUUGUUAACAGAUGGAGUUCUAGCUCAGGAUAUAAAUCAAGCAUCAGCAUUUUGGCGGAUACGCGAGGGAAUACCUGAAGCACUGAUGAAAGCAGGGGCUGUAUAUAAGUAUGACUUGUCUCUACCUCCAGAAAAGAUGUAUGAUCUUGUUGAAGAAAUGCGUGGAUGUCUUGGUGCCGAAGCAAAUGUAGUAGCUUAUGGGCAUCUUGGAGAUGGCAACUUACAUCUCAAUAUUUCGACCCGACAAUAUGAUGACAGUAUAUUAACAAAGAUUGAACCUUUUGUAUAUGAGUGGACAUCUAAGCACCGCGGGAGCAUCAGUGCUGAGCAUGGUCUUGGAUUGAUGAAAGCAAAUAAAAUUCACUACAGCAAGAGUCUGGAAACUGUGCAACUAAUGGCUGACAUAAAGAAACUACUCGAUCCUAAUGGAAUACUCAACCCGUAUAAAGUUCUUCCAACUUCUGUUUUACCGCAAAGGGGAGAAGAGGAGCCAAAGAAGGAAGCUUGAUUCAAAUUGUAUCAUCAUUAACUACUCCGUCGACUCACAGGUCCGGACAUUUGUUGUUGUUUAUAUAGCUGACUUUUUCACCUAGAAAGAAUGAUAACAUCACAAAACAUGUGCGUGCAUGAGAGGAACGAUAUCUAAUGUAGUGGAACAAAAGCAGUUUGGAUCUUCUAUUCUAACUCUGGAACUCAUGGCACCAUA